AUGCAUAUCGAACGAUUUAAAAUUAGAGAGGUAGCUUCGCUAGUGGAUGGCAUCGAUGAAGGCUCGCUAGAAUUUCUAGUCAAUGCUCUCACCGAGUUGAUUUUGAAUGAGGACAUGGCGAAGAAGUUAAAGGGAGGUAAGCAGUGUUGA